GAUAAGGGAGCAGAUUGGGUUGUUGUUGAGCCUGAGAGCAAGAUGGUUACUUCACAUCCAGGACUUGAAGGAUUCACUGAUUUUGAAGUGUUUGGAUUAGGAACUGCAUUAUUAGUGGAAGCUCUUGUUGGACUGCUUCUGAAUGGGUUGACACUUUUAGCUUUUUACAAAAUAAAAGAACUUCGAACACCGAGCAAUCUACUUAUCACCAGCUUGGCUCUGUCUGAUUUUGGCAUUUCCAUGAAUGCGUUUAUUGCAGCUUUCUCAAGUUUUCUAAGGUACUGGCCUUAUGGCUCUGAAGGUUGUCAGACGCAUGGAUUCCAUGGAUUUCUGAUGGCUUUGGCCAGCAUUAAUGCCUGUGCAGCAAUUGCCUGGGAUAGAUACCACCAGAACUGCAGCAGGUCAAGACUGCAAUGGAGCAGUGCUAUAACUGUUACAGUAUUUAUUUGGGGAAUCGCUGCUUUCUGGUCAGCUAUGCCAUUGUUAGGCUGGGGAGUAUACGACUAUGAACCCCUGAGAACUUGCUGUACUUUGGACUACUCUAAAGGUGACAGCAAUUUCAUUUCAUUCUUCAUAAUAAUGGGAUCCUUCGAGUUUAUCUUUCCAAUAUUUAUCAUGCUAUCAUCUUAUCAGUCCUGCAAGAGUAAAUUCAAGAAAACUGGACAAGUCAAGUUUAAUACAGGAUUGCCUGUUAAAACCUUGAUUUUCUGCUGGGGACCUUAUAGUCUGCUAUGUUUCUACGCCACCAUUGAAAAUAUUACCAUCUUAUCUCCAAAACUGAGAAUGAUUCCUGCUGUUCUUGCCAAGACUUCACCCACGAUCAACGCCUUUAUUUAUGUUCUGGGGAAUGAGAAUUACAGAGGAGGACUCUGGUCCUUUCUGACAGGACAAAAAAUGGUACCCAUUGAAAUUGAUGGGAAAGUCAAGUGAAUAAAAUGUCUUUUGCUGAAUGAUCACAAGAACAUGAAAUACAGAAUGAAACAGUCAAUUUGACUUGGUUCCACAUUGGAAGCAUAUCUUAACAUGAAAGACUAAGGAAAGAUCUUAGCAUGAAAGCACUUGUGAUUUACUACGAUAUCUGAAUAGGCAUCUGCAACAUUUGGCUCCAAAUUACCAGAAACCUCAAACAUUUGCAAUAAAUUCCACUGUGGAUUGAUUCUGUUGCAAAUAAGUAUGGUUCUAUAUUUCAUUAAGUCAUCUGGUCAAACUAAUGUGUUGAAUUUCACUGGUCCUUUAACUCUUAAAUUGCCUGUAUAUCUAUGGAAGCUCCCAUCUCUGCAAGCCAACAUUCUGUACAGUUUAUAACAGGUUCUAUUAUGUUGAGAAGAAUACUAAUGUUACAGUAAUAAAGCUGCUCAAAUAGCGUUACUAUUAUUAUGCUAACUCACUAAACUACAAGCCUCAAUAUUUGAAAUAAAA